GCCAACGUGGCUGCCCCGCUUGGGUUGCGGCAGGCGAGACGCCUCGGGAAGGGGGGGAGGCUGGGACAGCCCUCAGCGUCAGGCCCCGCCUCCGGAGGCAGGUUCCUGGAGCCUGCGCGCUUUUAACCUCAAAACGUCCAGCACCUCGGGGCCGUGUGCUGUGGUAGACUGGCAGCAUAGACUCAAGACGUGAGGCAACGAACUGUUAAGGGCUCGCGUCCGCGGGCCGUCCCCAGGCGCAGGCCCUGGCAGCGGCGUGCUCCAGCCGCUCGCCUAUCCUCGGCGCGGCGCAGAGCCGGCGGGGGCGGGCCGCGCGCCCGAGGACGUCCGGGGAGCGCGCGCGCCGCCGCCGAGCCGGGCCCGAGUUGCUGGCCGUGGGGCUUGAGCGUGAUGGCUCUGACUCUAGGGCUGGGGGCGGCGUGCGCUGCUGUUCCUGCCGUCGCUGCCGAGGCCUCCGUCCGCUCCUGGUCAUGAGAGGAGACAAAACCUCCAAGCAAAGAAAUCUGGAUUAGAGAAAAAAUAUUUUAAGGGCCAUGCAAGCCAACUGUAACCAACUGCACAGUCCUCCAGGAACUGCAAGUGGUGAGGAUGCCUCAGCCUCCCAGUGUACCCAUACAAGAUUGACAGGAGAAGGUUCUUGUCUUCAUUCUGGAGAUGUUCAUAUCCAGAUUAACCCCAUAUCUAAAGAAUAUGCUGAAAAUCCAAGCUCCAGAAAUAUAAGGUCAGCUGUCCAUAGCUGUACCCAUGGAUGUGCACAUAGUCGUUUCCGGAGUCACUCCCACAGUGAAGCAAGGCAGCCUGAGGAUACUGCCACGGAGUCUGGAGAACAUGGAAGUAGCACCUUCUCAGAAUUCCGCUAUCUUUUCAAGUGGCUGCAGAAAAGUCUUCCAUAUAUUUUGAUUCUGGGUGUCAAACUUGUUAUGCAGCAUAUAACAGGCAUUUCUCUUGGAAUUGGGCUGCUAACAACUUUUAUGUAUGCAAACAAAAGCAUUGUAAAUCAGGUUUUUCUAAGAGAAAGAUCUUCAAAGAUUCAAUGUGCUUGGUUACUGAUAUUCUUAGCAGGAUCAUCUGUUCUUCUGUAUUAUACCUUUCAUUCUCAGUCACUUUAUUACAGUUUAAUUUUCUUAAAUCCUACACUGGAUCACUUGAGCUUCUGGGAAGUACUUUGGAUUGUUGGAAUUACGGACUUCAUUCUAAAAUUCCUCUUCAUGGGCUUAAAAUGCCUUGUUUUAUUGGUGCCUCCUUUCAUCAUGCCUUUUAAAUCAAAGGGUUACUGGUAUAUGCUUUUAGAAGAAUUGUGUCAGUAUUACCGAACUUUUGUUCCCAUACCAGUUUGGUUUCGUUACCUUAUAAGUUAUGGGGAGUUUGGUAAUGGUACUAGAUGGAGUCUUGGGAUAUUGCUGGCUUUACUCUACCUCAUAUUAAAACUUUUGGACUUCUUUGGACAUCUGAAAACUUUCAGACAGGUUUUGCGAAUAUUUUUUACACGACCAAGUUAUGGUGUAGCUGCCAGCAAGAGACAGUGUUCAGAUGUGGAUGAUAUUUGUUCAGUAUGUCAAGCUGAAUUUCAGAAGCCAAUUCUUCUCAUCUGUCAGCAUAUAUUUUGUGAAGAAUGCAUUACCUUAUGGUUCAACAGAGAGAAAACAUGUCCAUUAUGCAGAACUGUGAUUUCAGAUCGUAUAAACAAAUGGAAUGAUGGAGCCACUUCAUCACACCUUCAAAUAUAUUAAGUUGUACAACUGUUAAGGCCACAAACACUAAUUUCAUUUGGUAAAAAGUGACUAUUGAUAAAGGCAUUUGAACAGAUUUUCAGGGCUGGAAGAAAACUGUUUCCAAGUGGUUUUAGAAUAUAAUUUACAUGUGUAGUCUGGUUUAUCAAGAUCAAAUGAAAAACCCCUGUGUUUUAAAAAGUAUAUAAUAUUCAAUCUAAAGAAUAUACAACAUUUGUUCUAUCCUAAUUAUCUGACAGAUAAUUGCAGUGUUAAAUUGUAAAUGUGUUCUCUUGUUGAUGUUACCAAAACAGAAAUUAUAAACCGUAACUAGUAGUCAAAGGAAUGCAGGUGGGUUGGGGAUAUUGCCCCAGUGGCAGAGUGCUGGUCUAGCACAUGUAAGGCCCUGGAUUCAUUCCCUA